AUGUUGCUGCUGCUGCCGGACGCAGCGACCAAGGAGUCUGAUUCGGCGUCGCACCUGUCGACUCAGAGUUACCGUGGUGAAGCUAACAACGACGCCCACGAUGCCCAGUCAACACGAUCACACAUGUCAGCGUUGGAGAGAGUACAGACCCAGCUUGGCUUUUUCAAUCCGAGAAUGAAGCCAGUGAGAAAUCGCAUGGUGAUGAAGUUUGCCCUGAUAUACGUGAUCAUGGCGGUGUUGAUGUUGGGGAUUUUCUCGAUAUACUGGGGGUCAAUGAUGCACAGAGACGACCACAUGAAGUACUUGAAAUUCCUAGUGAUGGUGGAGGAUGUCGAUACUAUCGAUGGGGUACCUCCUCUUUUCGGUAACCGCGUGAUUGACGUUGUGACGCUGCUGGAAGCUCGCGACUACGGUGAUUGGCAGGUGUAUACCCCACUGAACUUUAGUGACAUUCGUCCUAAGCAUUCUAGGGGCCAUACUCAAGCGGAUGUCGAGGAAUUGGUUCAUAAACAAAAGUUUUGGGGAGCUAUUCACGUUAAAGCUAACGCCACCCACCAUUUAUAUGAAGCAUUGUUAAAUGCGAACACCUCCUAUAAUGCCGGUACAGGAUCCUGGAAACUUGUUUACGAGACUGGACGUGAUUUUAACAAUGUCCCCAGUUACGUGGUUCCCAAUAGUCAGGUUAUCGAACGGAUGGUCUUGGCUCAUCAGAAAGAGAUGAACGGUCAAUUGAUUGAUAUCCUUCGCCAACAGGGCAAAAACACCUCAGAGAUUUUGGAUAAAGGGUGGCAGGUACUCACCCAAUCGCUCAACUUUGAAAUGAAGGACUUGCGACCAUUAACCCAACCACAGGUAAUGGCACCGGCACAGGUGGGGUUGAUUUUCUUGAUUAUCGUCACGUUUUUCCAGUUCAACUUCUUCGUUGACUUUCACAAAACCAUCGCCGGGUACCCGAUGAAGAAACCCCACUAUUUGCUCUACCGGCUUUUGGGGUCGUUCCUCACCUAUUUCUGGCUUUCGCUCAUGUACUCGUUGAUCUCGUUAGCCUUCCAGAUUGACUUUACUAAGGCAUUUGGUCGCGGCGGUUUCCCCGUCUACUGGAUGACGAUAUGGCUUACUAUGGGUGCCGUGGGUGGGAUGAACGAAAUCAUGGCCCACGUCCUCAUCAUGGUGUUCCCGCCCUGUCUUGGGUUCUGGUUGAUCUUCUGGGUUAUCAUUAACGUGUCGUGUACGUUUACCCCGAUGGCUCUCACCGCUAACUUUUACCGCUACGGGUACGGUUUACCCAUUUAUAACGCCAAUGAGAUCAUCAAAGUGAUCUUUUUUGACACCCAUAAGGGCCACAUGGGUCGUAAUUAUGGGAUCCUCGUGGCGUGGGUGGUGUUGACGAAUAUCUUAUUGGCUUUGGUGCUCCCCAUUUUCGGUAAAGUGAUGGGUAAAAAAGCCCUCAAGUUGAAGCGAGAGGCCGAGGAAGAAGCAGCUAGACAGAAGUCGGUGUAG